AUGAUCGUGGUGAGGACAUCCCACCCCCACACCGCCAAAGUGGAGUGUGUUAUUGGACAAGGGGGACCUUCUCUUUUCAGUGUAAGGGGAGGAGGUGGGGGUGCACCUCAGCACUAUCCCAAGACUGACGACAACAGCGACUCCCUGGGGAAGCCCCCAGGUGAUAGCAGUCAGAGAUGGGUUCCUUCUCAAAGCACUAGGCGAGAGGUUUUAUCCACCAAAGAGAAAUCACAAAAUGACAAAAUCUUCCGAAAAGUGAGAGGCAUACUCAACAAGCUGACACCUGAGAAGUUUGACAAACUUUGCUUUGAACUUCUCAAUGUGGGAAUUGAUUCAAAGGUUGUCUUAAAAGGAAUAAUCUUGUUGAUUGUUGACAAAGCCCUUGAAGAACCCAAGUAUAGUCAGUUAUACGCUCAGCUUUGUCAACGCUUGUCAGAAGAUGCACCCAACUUUGAAGAACCGCUUGAAACCCCAGCCACAAACAAACACAGCACAACCUUUCGAAGACUGCUCAUAUCCAAGCUGCAGGAUGAGUUUGAGAAUCGAGCCAGAAAUGUGGAACUCUUUGAGAAGAACGAGGCUCCACUCACCACAGACGAAGAGGAGCAGCAGGCCAUUGCAAAGAUUAAGAUGUUGGGCAAUAUCAAAUUCAUUGGAGAACUUGGAAAACUUGGUCUCAUUCACGAAUCCAUCCUCCAUAGGUGCAUCAAGACUCUAUUGGAGAAAAAGAGAAGAGUACAACUCAAGGAUAUGGGUGAAGAUCUUGAAUGCCUCUGUCAGAUAAUGAAGACUGUGGGUCCUAAACUUGACCAUGAUAAGGCUAAGGCUUUAAUGAACCAGUACUUCAGCCGAAUGGUGGCCCUAGCAAACAACAAGGAGCUGCCGUCGAGGAUUCGAUUCCUGUUACAGAACAUCAUAGAGCUGAGAGAGGAUCGCUGGUCUCCUCGCAAAGCCUAUGUGGACAAUGGGCCAAGGACAAUUAGUCAGGUCCGACAAGAUGCUGUCAAGGAGUUGGGUUUUUUUAUUCCACAACAGAACGAUGGAUACAAGAAUGACUUCUUCGUGGAGAACUCUUUCAUGCAGUCAAAAAUCAAGUUUGACAGGGAGACGAUUGGAGGCCUUGCUGACAUGUUUGGACAAAUGCCUGGAAGCGGAAUUGGCACUGGCCCUGGAGUCAUCCAAGACCACUACUCCCCCACCUUUGGUCGUCAUCGUGCUAAUCCAAUCUACAACGGGCACAAUGGAAAUUCGAAUGGACUGCACCAGCAAUCGUAUGAAAAUGGAACUAAGCACUACAAUAAGACCAACCAGGGGCAGAACUCACCAGUUUUCACCCACAAGCAAAACCAUUCAAGCCAGAUGCAGUCUAAAGAUAUGGGGUCAAGAUUUAACAAGAAGGGGAAGGUGAAUGCAGAGGAGAUCAGUCUGAGGCCAGCUCAGUCCUUUAUGAUGAAUAAAAAGAUGACAAAACUGCAGCCUCAGGUGACCAUGAUGCCUCCCAGUGCCCAAGGAUCUUCUCCGUUAGGACAGUCUCCGCAGCUUGGUUUGAGAAGCAAUCCUCCGCCAAUACAAGAAAAGGUAAAGUCUAACAAAAAGGCACCACCGACAAAGGAGGAGUUGCGCAAAACGACUGAAACUAUUAUGUCGAACUACCUAAACAACAAAAAUGUCAAUGAAGCUGUGAACGGUGUGCGGGACUUGAAGCCUCCCAAGCACUUCCUGUCUGAGCUCGUGAGCAAGGUCGUGGUGUAUUCCCUCGACCGCUCGGAUGAAGACCGGGAGCACACCAGCACCUUUGUCCAUACACUGUGCACUAACGCUCUCGUGACCGGAGAAAACCUCCUGCAGGGUCUUCUGACUGUUGUCGAUCAGUGCCCAAAGAUUGAGGAAGAGGUCCCGCUGGUGAAGUCUUACCUGGCACAGUUUACAGCUCGCGCCAUUAUUGCAGAGCUGGUUAAUAUGUCCGACUUGGCCCAUCACCUGGAGAACGGUUCCCACUUCCCCCUGUUCCUCUUGUGUCUGCAGCAGAUGGUCAAACUCAAGGACCGCGAGUGGCUGUCUGACCUGUUUCAACAAAGCAACAUUAACAUGCUCAAAAUGCUGCCUGAAAUUGAUCAAAACAAGGACCGCAUGUUGGAAAUACUGGAGGGCAAGGGCUUAAGCUUCUUGUUUCCACUGAUGAAACUGGAAAAAGAGUUGUUGAAGCAGAUUAAGGUCGAUCCUUCUCCACAGUCUAUAUACAAGUGGAUCAAGGACAACAUCUCUCCAGCGCUUCACACCGAUAAAGGCUUUGUCAACAUUCUUAUGACCAGUUUUUUGCAGUAUAUCAUGUAUGAGAUCAACCCAGAGGAUGAUGAAGAGCAGCUUGCAUCACCCAGCAAAGAACAACUUGAUGAGGAAAAGCAACUGCUGCUGUCUUUCAAACCAGUCAUGCAAAAGUUCCUCCACGACCAUGUUGACCUGCAAGUCAGUGCCCUGUAUGCCCUUCAGGUCCAAUGUAACAGCAAAACCUUUCCUAAAGGAAUGUUGCUCCGCUACUUUGUCCACUUUUAUGACAUGGAGAUAAUUGAGGAAGAGGCCUUUCUCUCAUGGAAAGAGGACAUCGCCCAGGACUAUCCAGGAAAAGGAAAAGCGCUGUUUCAGGUAAACCAGUGGUUGACUUGGUUGGAGACUGCAGAGGAGGAAGAGUCUGAUGACGAGGAUUACUGA